AUGUACCUCCUCAAAAAGCUCAUCAUCCUCUUCGCGAUCGUGACCAACACCGUCCUCGCAACGAUAGCCCUCGGCUCCCUCGAACUCCAGAAGAACAAACCUCUACUAAACAUCGCCUGGAUCGAAGGCAACAAUCCCUGCAUCCGCAGCGAGUACAUAACCCAGAUCUCCGCCUCUGGCCAGAACCCCUGCGGGAUUCGCUUCACGCUCACCAACGGGUACACGUACUACGAAGAGAACUGCGGCGUGAGCGCCAUUGUGAUUCGCAAUGGCGACGGCUCGUUCAAUUCGCAGUGCAAGCAGAAGAGCUGGAGCUGUGUCAGUGGGAGUGUUACGUUUCGGCAGACGUGGAGUUGUUAG